AUGUCUUCGCAGCAGAAUGGGAACUACUAUUCUAAUCAAUUCUUGAAUCCUGGACCUGCACCACGACCGCCUGUCAAUGGUGCUAUGUCCGACCGACCACGACACCUCGAGCUGAGCCGAUCCCAGACCCAACUGCCUGCUACCUCCUUCGAUGCCAUGACAUUGGGUCCUGCCUCACCAGCUGUUUCUACUCCAGCUCAGUCUUUCUUUCCGAACACGAGCUCUCUAUCCCUGAACAGCGGCAAGAUGAGUGGACCCAACGUAAUCAAGGAGGGCUAUGUUCGGUGCAAAGAAGACAAGUUCUUAGCAGGAUGGAACAGGAGAUAUUUGAUCCUGAGAGAAUUCCGCCUGGAUUUUAUGAAGGAUGAGAACGGCAAACUGGUACAGUCCAUACCACUCAACACCGUGACUGGCGUAUCUCGCUCGGAAGAAGUGCGAUCGGCUUUUGAGAUCAACAGAGUCGCAAAUGCCAAAGACGGACUGAACAAGGCUGUACUAAGUCGAGACCUACCCCAGAGGACCAUUACCUGCGAAGUCAGAAACGAUGAUGAGAUAUAUGAUUGGAUAGACAAAAUUUACGAACGAUGUCCUGGAAUGGGUGGCGUCAGCAAUCCAACCAAUUUUAGCCAUAGGAUACAUGUUGGCUUCGAUCCUCAGACUGGUGGAUUUGUUGGUCUGCCACAGGAGUGGGAAAAGCUGCUGACUACUUCCGCCAUUACCAAGGAGGAUUACAAGAAGAAUCCUCAGGCUGUGAUCGAGGUGUUGGAAUUUUAUUCCGAGCACAAGAUGCGCGAGCAGCAUCCAGAAAUGUAUCCCCACAGCAUUCCUACUCCUAGUGCUUCGUCACAGAACAAGCAGCUGGGCUUUCCGACCGGGAGUUCAGUCGCUCCUCCAAGACCUGCUCCUCCUACUGAGCAACAACGGUACAACACUAGCCAAUUCGUAAACAAGUACAACGACGGCAGCGCGUCUUCGACAAGCUUGUCCUCUCAAUCACGACCCGUUCCAAGCAGAUCGCAAACCGACAAAGGCACUUAUGAUAUGGAAGCAGAUGCGCUAAGGAUCAAGGAAAUUGCCAAUCGAGAAGCUGAGCGUGUAAGAAAGGAGGUCGAGGUCAAGCGCCAAAGAGAAGCCGAAAGACAACGGGAGAGGAGUCAAGAAGCAGAGCAGAACCGAAGAGACCAGGACGCUUACAAUGCAUCCAUUCCGAAGACGAAGACACCAUUGGCACAGCAAGAAAUUGGCGGGGGUGGCUAUUCAAGUGCCACUCAAGGCCGUCCAGAUCCAAAAUAUGCUCCAGCUCGUGCGGCUCCAGCUGCACCUCAACCAAUGCGUCAACCUAUAGCUCAAAGACCGGCUCCCUCUCCACCAAGCUCGACCUCGAAGAUUCCUCAGUCCAUAUCUGCUUCCUCGAUAUCACUCCGACAACCCGAUUCGAGCGUUCCUCGACAACCUUCGCCAAACAGCAGAUUGCCAGAUGACGCUCGAAAAGACUCAGCUGCCCAGCGCCAGCAACCUAAUGGAACAUCUCAGAGACCACCUCAGCAACCCAGCUCUGUGCAGCAGCCAAAGCCUCUCAAUGUAGCCAAUAAACAGCCGCCAGCAAAACCGGCAGCAGAUCCUCGGAAACAAGCAGAAGAAGCAUUGACGAGCAAGCCGAAAGCCGAGGAAAGGACGAAAGAAGUGCGAAUGUCUAGCAUGACUGAGAGUGAGGUCAUGGCCAAAUUGAAGCAAGUCGUAUCUAAAGACAACCCCAUGGACUCGUACAGCAAGCAGAAAAAGAUUGGCCAGGGAGCUUCUGGAUCUGUAUAUGUUGCACGAGUCAAAGAGAGUGCAACGUCGGGUAUUGCAAGGGAAAUAUACAGGACACACGGGCCGAAGGGACAGGUUGCCAUCAAGCAGAUGGACCUCCGUAACCAGCCCCGAAAGGAGCUCAUCGUGAACGAGAUUAUCGUGAUGAAAGACUCCAAGCAUCCCAACAUUGUCAACUUCCUGGACUCGUUCCUCCAAGAGCAGACUAACGAGCUGUGGGUGGUCAUGGAAUUCAUGGAGGGUGGUGCUUUGACGGACAUCAUUGACAACAAUCCGGUCAUUACGGAAGACCAAAUUUCUACCAUCUCCUACGAAACCUGUAAAGGACUAGCACAUCUACAUUCACAGGACAUUAUUCAUCGAGACAUCAAAUCUGAUAAUGUUCUGCUCGAUCGGAUGGGAAACGUCAAGAUUACUGAUUUCGGGUUCUGUGCCAAGCUCACAGAAUCCAAAUCCAAGCGGGCAACCAUGGUAGGCACACCUUACUGGAUGGCACCAGAAGUGGUAAAACAGAAAGAGUACGGGCCAAAGGUCGAUAUAUGGUCGCUCGGGAUCAUGGCAAUCGAAAUGAUUGAGUCAGAACCCCCUUACCUAAACGAGGAGCCACUGAAGGCUUUGUUCCUGAUCGCUACCAAUGGCACACCAAGGCUGAAGAAUCCCAACAAGUUGAGCCGGGAAUUAAAGGCAUUCCUGAGCGUUUGUUUGUGCGUAGAUGUCAGAAGUCGAGCAAGUGCAGAUGAGUUGCUCAAAAACGACUUCUUCAAGGAGCGAUGCAGCCUGGCUAGUCUCAGUGAGCUUUUGAGGUGGCGGGAGAAAGGAAGACAAUGA